GCGUCUCCAUUGUCUGGCCCGUAGCAGCAGCAGCACCAGCGGCAGCGGCGGCGGCGGCGAAGCGGAGAGGAUUGGAGCGCCGAUGUGAGCGCAGGCGAGCGGCAUCACUGUGACCCCAAUCUCCGGGGAGAACCGCUGGUUGGACACCGUCGGAGCAGACAUACAGUGCGGAGGGCGACGUCAUUUUUAUUUUGUGUGUGUGUGUGUGUCAAAGACAGACCGUCGUUUUUGGCGGUCAGACAGACAGCAACAGUUGUCACGAUGUCUGAGAUCAGAUGAGGCCAGAGCAGCGGAGUGAACAUUGCGGCGCUGUUGUGAACCGGUCCGGGUGGGUUAAACGUGUUGCUGCCGCGUCCCGCCUGCAAUGAUCCAACCGUCUUAAUCACCUGGGACGGCGAAGGGAGUGUGGCGUACAUCUGUUUGUCAGUCUGGGCUUUCGCCGUCGUCCUGCUCGUCAACCAUCCCCCGGUUGUUUCGAGGUUUUGUCUGCGGGUGAGGUGAAUCCAGACGUCAGGGGUGGCUCAUGUUCCGCUCAGCAGGGAAACGGGCUGUUGCGUCUGCAGAGAGUCAGAGCUGACGAGCCAGCUGAGACACACGGACUGACAGGCAGGCAGGAAGGCCGAGAGACAGACAGGAGCGAGGGGAGGGGGCGACAGCCUGUUUCGGCUCUCUCGACCCCUUUGCGGAUCGAGCCGAGCCCCCUCCUGAUUCCACCCAGAACCCCCACCCAUUUGUCUCCCGCUUUGGAUGGGGGGAAAGCAGAGCACGGCGGGGCGGCCCCGGGGUGCUUUUCCUGGUGUCUCUACGGAUGACAGCGCGGUGCCACCCUCGGCCCACUUCGGCCACUACCGGCCGAGCGGCACCAUGGGCCUGCGGAGCCGCUCAGUGAGCUCCGUAGCCGGGAUGGGCAUCGAUCACAGUCCCGCCGUGCCCUUCGGCUUCUACACCCCCAGAGGGACGGACCCGGAUCGAGCUGGAGGGGGGUCAGGGGGCACUACAGCCGCCCCCCACGGUACCGGUUACCAGGACACUGGGGGCGGAGGGCACCACACGGACGGGGUGCUGUAUCUGGGGUCCCGGGGGUCGCUGGCUGACACCUUACCCCUGCACAUCGCACCCCGCUGGUUCAGCGCGCACAGCGGAUUCAAGUGUCCUGUCUGCUCCAAGUCUGUGGCGUCCAAUGAGAUGGAAGUUCACUUCAUCAUGUGUCUAAGCAAGCCUCGCCUCUCCUAUAAUGAUGAUGUGUUGGCGAGGGAUGCCGGUGAGUGUGUGAUCUGUCUAGAGGAACUGCAGCAAGGGGACACCAUAGCCAGACUGCCGUGCCUCUGCAUCUACCACAAAAGCUGUAUAGACUCAUGGUUUGAGAUCAAUCGGUCCUGCCCUGAACACCCAUCUGACUGACUUACCACCAGGCCCACUAUGAAUACUGUUCAAGAACAUCUCGUGGUCCUGCCAUGGAUAUCUGGACACAGACGCAACCAAAUCCGAUGAAACAAUCAAAGCGAUCAACACAUACUUAUCCUGACAGAAUCCAUCAUCCUAACCAAGAUAAUUAUUCCUUGUGAACUGAACCAAAAAAAACGUGACCGUCAAACCAUUGUACAUUAAAGGGCCCCUCCCGAGCCCACCAUUUUACAUCUGCUGAGAAGACUGCUUUAAAAAUCCACAUUCCUUCCUCCCCCCCCUCACAUAUCCUGGCAAACAGAAUCCCUGAAAGGGCUUCAUCAGGCCUCAACUCCCCUUCCAAAUCAGCCGUGGCCAGUUGCCUCUCUGAGGUGCUCAGGUCCUUACAGGUCUCCAGCAGCUGGCCUUCCAUCUUGUAUCUGGAUCCAAUCCUGUCGGUCAUUUGUGUCCAACCCUCCCAUGGCCUUAACUGGGGAGAGGAGAGGGAACAGAGCAGGGAGGGGGCAGGAGGGAUGAGGGUGGAAGAAGAAGAAGAAGAAAAAGAAGACGAAGAUUGGAAGAGAGGACAAAUGGAUGAUUGUUGAAUUGCAGAAGCUUGCUAUGAGAAACAGUCUUGUACAAUAUUCAGUGGGCCUCUCAUUUCACAACAGGACUCCGACUCAGUGACAUCCUCACAUAAAAGACUCGGUCCCGGUGUGCUUCUCUCUCAUAGUUCCUGCCUCAGUUCUGUGUCCUUCCUCGCCAAUUUGACUCAUAAGAAUUACAUCAAAACCUUAGAUCGGGUUUAUGCACACCUGGGCAGGCAGGGAGGGUUUAGCAUAAAAAAAAAUAAAAAAAAACCUGGGAUGUCAGCUUGUCUUGUAUGUACAAAAUAGAGGGGGGAAGCUGAAGACGGACUGGGGAUGGAGGAGUAGUCUGAGCACGCUCAGUUCUGAUUGGGAGGGACGAAGAGGCCAGCAAUGUUGUUUACGCUCCUACUGUGUAACAUGUACGUUAGGGAUGCUCUAGUGUCAGGCUUCAUCCUGUAUGUGUAUGUACACCAUGUGUGUGUGUGUGUGAGUGUGUGUGUGUGUUCGAGAGACCUCGGAAGGGUGACAAAAUAGCUUUUGCUGAAGCAUAGUGACUGUGUGUGUGUGUGUGUGUGUGUGCGUGCGUGUGGUGUGUGUGUGUGUGCGUGUGCGUGCAUGCGUGUGUGUGUGUGUGUGUGAAACAGCAUGAAAGGUCAGUGUAGAGGGCCCACUGAGACAGUGCUGUGUGUCUAUGUAUUGAAAUGUUUACAGUGUAGAUGUCCAUGUUCCCUGUGUGUGCGACUGGCAGUCCUCCCUUUACUUUGCUGAUGUUUACAGCUACAAAGAAGCGACAUGACAUAUUGUAAAUUAUACAUGUAACCUCUCUCAGUUCUUUCUUUUUAGAUCUGCCAGAUUUUUUCAUGUGAUCACAAUUGGUCAUUUUCUAGUGAGAGCCUUGAGUGUGAGAGUAUGUGUGCCUGUGUGUGUGUGUGUGUGAGUGUGUGUGUGUGUGUGUGUGUGUGUGUAUCUCCGUGCAUAUGACUGUUUGUGCAUGUGUGCUUGAGUGUGAGACUCAUGCUACUGUCGGUUCCCCACAUUGUGUUUCUGCUAGAGUAGGUCUGGUUAACUUCGACUGGAGACGUGAGCCACUCAGACCUGAAAGCGGACUCUGUAGUCCCACUGUGGAUCCACUGAACGGGGCUUAUUUAUUCAUUUGUUCAUAUUUAACAAUAUUUGUUUAAUAUUCCAGUCAUGUGAGGUGUUACUCACUCUUCAGAAUGCCAGAGCUGAUUUAUGAAGACUACUACAAACCAAAUCAUACAAACAAACUGCAUUUACAAAAAGCUACUGUAAACAAAUGGUGGAAUAAAUUGUGCUAGAUGACA